AUGACGCUACCACCACUACCAAGAAUCUCACAAACCGCACCAAGACCGACUUGCUUCCUUCCACUCAGCCUAGAGGGUCCGAACCAACAGGCCCUCAGCCGCAAAUUGUCGAAGCUUGGUAUAGGUAGCGUCUGUCGAGAUACACUCGAGGAGAUCUUCAUAGAGUAUCUGAGGAAGCUACGACGAGUGUAUGAGGCGCAAUACGAAAAUGCGUUCGUCACAUGGCAACAAGAAAAUUUAUACGAGGAGGCUUAUGAUCAGGCGUUUAGAAAGCUGCUCAAUCGUUUAUUCGCGAUGCAUUCGCAGGAGACUUGGCACAUGGUUCUCGACGAGGUCAGCAAAGUCUUUCGAACUGAUUCUUCCCUUACCGUAACCCAGAGAGAUAAUGCUUCCUAUGAAGGAGCGCCCCUCAAGACUGGUCGCGGACACGACUCCGAAGCAGUCCGAAUCCUGGAGCAGGCCUUUAAACAUUCACCAAAUAUCACCCCAGCCGAGAAGUUCCGACUUUCAGAGGUCACUGGACUCAAGCCAAAGCAAGUCACUAUAUGGUUUCAAAACCGCCGUAACCGGAAAGGGAAGAAGAAUCUCAACGUGGAGCCUACGGAAUCAACCCAACCGGAUCUUUCGCCUUCCAGACACGAGUCACCUCCUCCCUCAUCGCCCAGUCGCGACUUUACCCUUUCCGAAAAAAAGCGCAAAUCAUACGGCGUGUUGGGUCGUUCUUCCCCCGAUUGCACCGACCCCGACUCUGACUCGCCCUCGUCAAGCCUGAAGAAACCUCGGGUGUCAAGCGUAUGUUCGAAACUAAGCGAUGGCUCCUCUUCUUCGUACGAGUACAAUGAUGUCUUCACGCAGUGGGGUUCACCAUCGUCGCACUCAACUAGCUUGUCGUCAGAGUCGAGCGGCUUGAGCGACUUUGAAAGCCCGAGAAGGCCGCGCAAUAUCUUUGAUUACAUGCGCCCUCGUGCAAUGGAUGGUAAGGCCGUUGCUGCUAUGCCAAGGCUGACGAUUUCGGCACCACAGCAUCCACACUGUGCCACUGCUUCGGAUCAAAAGUCCCCUUUCCUGUAUGAACUUCAGGACAGUACUUUCUUCGAUGGCACUCGACUCGACCUCAGCGGCUUGCAGCUCAACCUGGGAGGCUUUGCCGAUGACAAAGACUUUCGAGAAAGUGUUCAGAUGGCGCUUAGCAUGUCGAGCUCUGAGCAAGGAUCCAGCCGAAGCGCGUCGUCGAGCUCGUGGGCCUCCACGCAGGCGACGACGGAUGACGAUGGCUGGGUCGACGAAGAAGAUUUUGACUCAGGGUUUGCAGCUUGUCAUACCAAGCCCAUCGACAGAACUCUGCUGGGCCAAGCAUCACUCACGCCUCCGGACCACUGUAACAGUAACACUGCGCCCGGUCAAGCAUCACGCCAGGAAAUCUUUCAAGCUCCCUGUGUUUCUGGAUCUCACCCAGCCAAUCACAGCCAGACAAGUGCUGACGAGAACCCAAGCAUCAGCAUCCCGUUCUCUCAGUCUGCACUCUUCGAUAGCGAUUCAUUCGGCCUCGAUCAACUCUUCGAGUCUGCCUCAAUUCCUGCGCACUUGCCAUCGACGCUGUCCCACUCGCAACAGCAAGGCUUUGGACAGAUGCCUUUUGUCGACCCAAACAUGCAAAGCUUUGAGGAGAUCGAACAGGACUUGGACCUCGACAUGACCGACAUCCAAGAGUUCCUUGGCGGCGACAUUUUUGCUUCCUCCCUCCCCGGCUCUCAGCAAUCGAACGGUUGUGUAGGCUCAGCUGAUGCAAAUGUACAGGGCAGUAACGGUGGAGCCAGCAUAGGAGAGGGUAUCCUUCAUAUGGAUUUCGACCCCUACUCAAAUUCUUUCUCGCUUGCCUGA